UCCCUGGAGUUGGUGGCUUUGUUUCUGAGGCUUUGCUGAUUCAGCCUGGUGCUGUCUGGCAUCCACCUCAUAACCAAGACCUCAGUCCCAAGGUCACAAAUGUCUGCUGGAUGAUGCUGACUUAAUGUCUCCGUGCUCUGCAACUUUAUGCAGUGAACUCUCACUUCCUAAGCACUUCCUCUGAAUGAGACAGACGCCAGCCCUGGCUUUGUGGAGCUUGCCAUGUUGUGGGAGAGGCAGACACGGGGCUGACCGUCCUAAUGGAGGGCUUAUAUUUGGCACCCUUUACCCGGCAUAUUACUCUUACAAGGCUGUGAAGUCGAAGGAUAUUAAGGAAUAUGUCAAAUGGAUGAUGUACUGGAUUAUAUUUGCACUUUUCACCACAGCAGAGACAUUCACAGACAUCUUCCUUUGCUGGUUUCCAUUCUAUUAUGAACUAAAAAUAGCAUUUGUAGCCUGGCUGCUAUCUCCCUACACAAAAGGCUCCAGCCUCCUGUACAGAAAGUUUGUACAUCCCACGCUGUCUUCAAAAGAAAAGGAAAUCGAUGACUGCCUGGUCCAAGCAAAAGACCGGAGUUAUGAUGCCCUUGUGCACUUCGGGAAACGGGGCUUGAAUGUGGCGGCCACAGCAGCAGUGAUGGCUGCUUCCAAGGGACAGGGUGCCUUAUCAGAGAGACUCCGGAGCUUCAGCAUGCAGGACCUCACCACCAUCAGGGGAGACGCUGCCCCUGCUCCUGCGGGGCCCCCUCCGCCCGGGGCUGGGCGGGCCAGCGGCAAACACGGCCAGCCUAAGAUGUCCAGGAGUGCUUCUGAGAGCGCUGGCAGCUCAGUGUGCACCUGCUGCUCCACCUGCCGGACCUGGAAAGUGGUUGAGGGAGAUGUGAAUGAGGGUGGUAUGAAGACCUGGGAGCCCCACCAGGUCCAAAACCCACUGGCGUUUUCUGACGAGGAGGAGGAGGAAGACCUGCUGGAUUUCAUGUACAAGUAUAAGGCACCGAGAAGGACGGAGUUGCCCCUGGAGGCACCGCCUAGAAUCCUUCGAUCUCGCUUCCGGAAGAAAAGUACCUCAUCCUCAGCCGCUGAAACCACGUGAGUGAGAUGAGCCAACAGCACCGGAUCCACAGAAUGUUUCUCCUCUGCCUUAAAGAGCUAGUCACUAAUAACAGAAAUCCGCAGGCUGGGUGUGCUUUGAGUGUGCAGCCUCAGACAUGGCCUUUUCUUGCUCCCCUCGCCCACCUUUAAGAAUUUAUUUUUCCCUUUCUCUUUAUUUUGCUGGGGAGAGGCUGAAGGGAAAGGUGGGGGUGGGGUGACCUUUGAGUCUUCUGAGAUUAGUGAUGUUCCACACUUGAAUUGUCAUAACAGCAUUGUGUUUAGAAAUGGAAAUCACCCCUUUGCUGCUGACAUGUACAUUUGUAAUCUAUCUGUUGCAUACUUAGUUUUUAGUCCUGUAAAUGCAAACAAAAUUUUUUUAAAAACAUUUUUUGGUUUUGGUACUAAUACUUUGGACAAUGAUGUACAUAUUUAUGGCUUUUGGCUUAAUGUAAUGAACAUGCAAGGGCUGCCAGAGGUUCUAAGUGAGAAAACUGCAAAAACAGAAAUAUAUAUAUAUAAAUUUUGAUUCUAGACAAUGUCUCCAAUGUGCUUAUAAAGCUUCCAAAUCCAGCUCCAGUAAAACAUCCGUUUUCCCACAGGAAGAUGGUGUCUGUGUUUUUCUAAUGGUUGUGUAGUCAACAGACUGGAGAAGUCAGGAGUAGAGACUUUUAGCAUCAGGGAUGAGUGUUAGUGAGAGGUUAGGAAGGCACCAGAAGCUCAUCUCCUCCUUGGGGUCAGGGCUAGGAGUCUCUGAGCCCUGCCAGGGGUGUUAACCCUGCCGUGGGCAGGUGGCUCACCUUUGGCAAAACUUCUUGGGGAUGAGACUUACAGCUGUUAGAAGAAUUGUGAGCGUUUCAAGUCUUGCCACAUGACUCCUUUCUCCUUCAGAGAGGCCGGUGCCAUGGCUAACUUCCUCAGGUGGUGAAGCCUGAAGUCUGAGCACCCUGUUUCAGAGAACGCUAGGCAAAAAGAAACAAAACACCCUACAAAAGGCUAGAACUAUGCUUUGUUUCAAGUAUGUUCUGAAAUACAUGAGAUACAUGUAGAACAACCCAAAGGGUGGGUUCUGAAAGGUUUUAGAGGUUGAGAUCUUUACAGAGAACUCGCUGCUCAGCUCCAUGGGGAGCUGCGGCUCACCCCUUCUGCUCCCUCCCUGGCCUGAGUGGUGUGUAAAUGCAAAUGGACUCAUGCUCAUAGGCACUGGGUCUUCGGAUGUUUUCCAUCAGCCAGGAUUGCUUAGCAGGGGAAGAAAGCACUGAGGGGACCCCCUGCUAAGACUGAGGAUUUUAUUUGAGAACAAGAAUCUGAUUUAGAUGGAUUUGUGGUCUGAGGUAGCUGCCCUCCCCUCUGAGAACUGAGCCAAAAUGUAGGACUAGUAUACUUGUGCUUGGAGUUGGUGUUUUCUUUCCGUGUGCUGCAUGCAGUGGUCACAACCCUGGUACUCAUAUUUGGAUUGUGUUUGUUCGUAGAUAAGCCCCACAGACUAGAGAAGUAGUGUUGUAUACCACUUAGAACUCACUGUCCACUGACUAGAAGCAGGCAGGCCUCAUUAAAACUGUCCCGUCACUGAGCUAAGCGAACAUGCACUGGUGGCCUUUGCUAAUGACACAUUGGCUGGAUCUUAGCCACCUUACAAAGGGUUUUAGUUGAAGUUGAUGGUUGCCAGGUAAACAUACCAAAAUCCUUUCUUCCCACACUUCCUCUGAAGGUGAUUUUGUAAUUUACAAAAGGAUUUAAGAAAACAGAUGUAAAAGCAAAUUGAAUCGGCAAAUAGAAGCGGUCUGUUCAUUGUCUAUGCCCCACACCAGUACCUAAACCUGUUAGAGAAGAUAGAAAUCCUGUUCUCUUCAAGCUCACUGAAUAGUUCCAGAAAAGGAAAACUAUGCUCCAUAAAAUAUAUUUACCUAUUAGUUGAGCAUAGCCACAACUAUCAGAAAUAAGUGCGAAAAAGCUUAAGCAGCUUUUCAGUAAACUUUUGUUUUGCUAAAUAACAAAUGCCUUUAACAGCAGAUUUCAAAAUCCUGUAUUUUCACCAUUUUACAAUGGAAAGUUGUAACAAGUCCAGGCGAAUCAAGUUUGCACUCAGCUAUGCCAAAAGGAAAACAGUUUGAAGCACUCUUCUCAGACAUGCUGUAUUAAGAUUUAAAAAUAUAAGGUAUAUUCAAACUGCUGUCUUAAUGUAAAUGCAAAUUUUUCAUUCAAGGGUUGACCAGAGGGUUGGUUUCUCUCUUGAAGACACUCACUGUACAACUGAAAGUAGCUGUCAUAGUUCUGGCACAAUGUGUUUACUUAUCCAACAAGCUGUAUAUUUGUGUAUGGACAGACAUAAAAUGUGAAUGCCUAUCAGUGUACACGUAGUGGUGUGGUGUUCUGUCUAGAAGAUAUAACUGAAUUUUUUUUUAAUUUACUCACUUACAGACACAGGCUGUUUACAAAAUGCUAGCUCAAAAGUCUGUAAUUUCCAUGUCAAAACUUUUAGUUACUUGCCAUUGAGCUCCUAUUCCAUUUCUGACAUGGUGAGGUGUGGUCUUGUGCUUAUCAACUGGAGCGUUCAGUCACAAUCCCUCCUGCUCUGUGUGAAUAGCUUGCUUACUACGCUGGCCUUUGAAGUGUGUCCUCUGUGGUAGCUGUCCACGUGUUUGUGCUAACAGUGCUUGUCAACCACGGCCAUCGUUGAGCCUUCCUAGUUCUUCACCUCGCACAGUAUUUGAAAUGGCAAAGGAUGGGCCUCCUCUACCGGUGUACACUCAAGGAGCUGAUGUUCUUGACUGUGACUGUGCACAUUUCCUCUAGUUUAUUUCUGAAGUCGAUAGAACGAUCUGUAAUUAAAUAGUAUACUGGACUGUGUAUCAAAGGGAUGUAAAAUUACAGUAUUCCAAAGGCUGAAGUUCUGCUGUUUUGUUAUAAUGCCUGAUAUACAUCUUGAAUAAAGUCUUAACAUUUUUCUUUUAAAGAA